GUUGGAACUCAUUCAAGUUCACAGCAGAAGAAGGUAUUGGAACCCAUACCAUUGCUGCAACCCACCAUACUUGCUCAUCAAUUCCCACUCCAACCGACACUACCUCGAUUCAAGUUAGGUCAUCCUAAUUUAAGUUUCUUAUCUUCUGAAACCAUGUGACAGUAUUUAUUGUUGUCUUCUUUCCUGUAUAAAAGGCUUACUAGCCUCAAUGUAACAAUCAAGCUUUCCAUCAAUAAAAUCAU